AUGGCGCUUGUGCGGGAGUUUCUGGGCGCGAUGCGCGAGCAGGUGCGGCGGCAGCAAGGCGACGCGCUGCGGGCGUGGCUGCAGGUCGACUCGAGCAGCGGCGCGCAGUACCACGCGCUGGGAGCGGAGCUGCGCGCGCGCUUCGCCACGCCGGCCAGUAUCGACGGUGUCGUCGAGGCGUGCCUGCCGCAGGACGAUGACGUGCCCGAGGGUCAGGCGACGCCGUGGCCGGGCCUGCAGUCCUUCAUCAAGGACUACCUCGUCUUUUGGCGGGACAUUGACUACGAGGACCUGCUGGGGGCGCAUCAGCUGCUGAGCGGGCUUGUCAAUUCUUGCGCAACGGCCUUUGGGCACCCCUCAUACGGCGGUAUGCUGCUUCAGGCCAGUAUGUCGCUGUCCGAGACGCUCGCGCGCCUGACCAUGAUGCUGAACCGUCGACCGGACCUGACGCGUAAGCUCCGCGCCGCCGGGUUCGACGAGGACAAGUCCGUCGCCGAGUCGUCGGCGGAAAUCAUCCAGAAAAUCUUCACCACCUGCCUCACAGACCGCGCCAACCCGCCUCUGCCGCGGACCGGCGGCGGCGCGGCGCCCGAGGGCAAAAAAGCCGGCGUCUACAUGUUUGCCAACCUCGUGCUCAAGCUGCUCUUUGCCUGCCGCCGGACGCACCUCGCGCGCAUGAUCUUUGUCAACAUUGCCAGCAUCUCCCCGCCGCUGGCCCUCUACCCGGCCGCCCAGCGCGUCACCUUUCUCUACUACCUCGGCCGCUUCAACCUGGCCAACCACCACGCGCGGCGCGCGGCGCUGUGCCUCGAGGCGGCCUACCUCCAGACCCCCGCGGCGUUUGCCGCCCACCGCACCCGCAUCCUCACCUACCUCAUCGCGGCCAACAUGCUGCUCGGCCGGUUUCCGGCCCGCGCGCUGCUCGCCCGCCCCGAGGCCGCGCGCACCCUCGCCCCCGUCUUCGCGCCGCUGUGCCAGGCCGUUCGCGCCGGCCACUUCGCCGCCUUCCAGACGCAUCUCGCCGCGCACGAGCGCUGGCUGCUCGAGCGCGGGCUGCUGCUGCCGCUCGCGUCGCGCCUGCGGCCCCUGCUGUGGCGCGCGCUCAGUCGCCGCGCGUUCCUACUCACGUACGUGCCGCCGCCCGCCGACGCCGCGUCGUCGCGUAAGGCCGCCACGCUCGACCUCGCCCACCUGCACACGCUGGCCGUGUACACGCAGCGCCGCAUCGAGGGGUGGCUGCCCGCGCACCCGUUGCCGCACCACCACCACCACCACCAUGCCGGCGCCAGCCACCGCCUGCUCAUGCGCGCCGUCUCCAACAACGUCGUCGACGACGGCGCCUCGACGCUCGCGCCCCCGCCCGGCGGCCGCCCGCGCAAGCUCCGCCCCAACGAGGGGCUCGUCUGGGGCAACGCCCCCGUCAAGUACGACGACGUCGAGCUCGUCGUCGCCUCGCUCAUCGAGCAGGGCCUGCUGCACGGCUUCGUCGCGCACGGCCAGGCCCGCUUCGCCAUCAUCGGCGCCAAGGCCAAGGGCAGCCCGCUGCUCGCCGGAUGGCCGCCCGUGUGGCAGGCCAUUCAGGCAAGGCAGUACGAACAAGGGUUCGACAUGGACGAGGUGCCCGGAUGGGUCAAGGGAUGA